UUAAAAGCCAACUCAUGAACUUCAAUCGACGGAGCAGAAGCUCGACUCCCUGCUUAGGGCUCACGACAACCGAUGGGAGAUUCCGGCGAUCAUGGUCGCCGCAGUAGGCCCGUGGACGUCGCCCCGCUCAACGCUGCCUCCUAUCUCGAUCCCCACUAUUGGGACGAGAGGUUCGCCGCCGAGGAGCACUAUGAAUGGUUCAAAGACUACUCCCACUUCCAACACCUCCUCCGCCCCUUCCUCAAUCCAUCCCACUCGGUAUUGGAAAUCGGUUGCGGCAACUCGCGGCUCUGCGAGGAGCUUCGCAAGGAUGGCGUGGCCGACAUGACCUGCGUCGACAUCUCUCCUGUUGCGGUUGAAAGGAUGCGGAGCCGCUUUCGAGACAAGGGACUUGAAGGCAUCAAGGUGGUUCAGGCCGACAUGCUGGACCUACCUUUUGGCAGUGAGUCCUUCGAUAUUGUGAUUGAGAAGGGCACCAUGGAUGUAUUGUUUGUGAACAGCGGUGAUCCAUGGAAUCCCCAUCCCGAAACAAUAAAUAAGGUGAUGAAAAUGCUUGAAGAUGUUCAUAGUGUUCUAAAUUCAGAAGGCAUCUUUAUUUCAAUUUCUUUUGGACAGCCACAUUUCCGGCGGCCACUAUUUGAAAGAGCUGGCUUUACCUGGUCAGUAGAGUGGAAGACCUUUGGGGAAGGUUUCCAUUAUUUCUUCUACAUCCUAAAGAAGGGGAGGAGGAUAUUGAAAAGUGAUGAUUGCAAAAAUGAAAGGUCGGGUGUUCCAUCUAUCAAUUUAUUACACGAAGAGCUGGAGGACGAGGAUUACAUGUUCCGGACCACCUUAUGCGAUGAGCUUGAGAACUAAAGAAGCAAAUUUGAUCACUUGUUUAUUCUAAAUGAUUGCUAACUUGCAUCCCUAAGCUGUGAAAUGGAAAAUCGUCAUUGGUUUAUAAUUGCAACGGACGAUGUUGAUUGCAAUCCCUAAUUUUGUAGGUAUAUAACCAUAAACUUAUCUAUUGAGUUUGUGCCCUUGUGAUGUCAUGAUUAGGCAACAUUGUCACCUCUAAGAUAUUGCCGUAUGAUUUUCCCUUCAUGCUUUUGCAAGAACAUCUAUUUUAUUCUUGUUGUAACUUGUUUCGGUCAAUUGAAUACAAUUUUUUGAAA